AUGUUCAUCAAAGACACCCAAGAUCUCGAAGCAGAGGUCGCCCUCCUUGAGUCGCGUCUGCAAGAUGCCCGUGCUCAGCUAGCAGCAUCAGAAUACCCCAGCCCACCUUCUUCAUGGACCGUUAAAGAACAAUAUAAUAAUUCCAAUAAUCACAAAUUCACCACCUCAUCCCGCACAUCCCUUCACGCCCUACUCCUCCUCUCAGACUCCGCCCUCCCACUAGGUUCUUUCGCCUACUCUAGCGGACUAGAAUCCUACCUAGCCCACAACAAAUCCUCCCGCAAAAGCCCAAUAGCCUCCUUCCACCGCUUCCUCAAACUCUCCAUCGCCUCAAUCGCAAGCACAUCCCUCCCCUACGUGAUAGCUGGGUACCGGGAACCCUCAACCCUCGAUACACUAGACAACGACCUGGACGCUUCAACGCCGUGCAUCGUCGCACAGCGCGCAAGUAUCGCCCAAGGUCGUGCGCUUAUCGGCGUGUGGGAGCGCGCAUUCAGAGUCAGCUUCGCGGCCCCCGGGAGCCGGGCUACGGGAGACGUCGAGGCCGCCAUCGUUGCCAUUGAUGAUUUGUCCAAUGCGUUGAAGUCGUGUCUCGAGGAGGACGAGGAUCUCGGUCCCAAGGGCCACUUUGCUCCGCUGUGGGGUGUGGUCUGUCGGGCUAUGGGUCUGGACUUGCAACAGACAGCGUAUGUCUUUAUUAUGAAUCAUGCUAAGGCCGUGCUUAGUGCGGCUGUCAGAGCGGGUGUCAUGGGCCCUUACCAGGCGCAGAAUGUCUUGGCCAGUCAGGAGCUGCAGGAUACGAUGAUGAAGCGCAUUGCGCGGGAGUGGAAUACGCCAGUCGAGGAGGCUGGACAGGUUGUCCCUGCGCUGGACCUUUGGGUUGGGAGGCACGAGUUGUUGUAUAGUCGGAUCUUCAACUCAUGA